UCCUUCCUUCUCUUCGUGCGCUUCUUUUAUAUCACAAUUUUUCUGUGUCACCGAAAUCCACCUUUUUCUCUUGGAUUACGCUUUUGCCCCUCACUUCAACCUUUCACGAUCUCUGACUCCUCCCAUCAGAUGCUUUAAUUCGACGCCAUGGCGGCCGGAACAAUGGCGACGGCGGCGGGGGCUGCGGUGCUUCUCUAUUAUGUACUCAGUCGCCGACUAGCUUCUAAAGACGCUGAAGAAGGGAGCAGAGGCGGAGAUUUGUCGAAAUCCAAUAGAUCGAUGAGGAGAAGGGUUGUUAGAAGACCAGCUCAGGCGCCUGCUACGUGGAUUGAGACUAUUACUACCUUGUCUGAAACGCUGCGUUUUACUUACUCCGAAACUUUGGGGAAAUGGCCCAUCGGUGACUUAGCUUUUGGCAUCAAUUAUCUUAUGCGAAAACAAGGUAAUUUGCAAGUUGCAAGUGUAUAUGCUGGUAGUGACAGUGUACAACUCAAAGGCCCUGAAAUUAUUGCUGAGUUGAAUAAUUUGUUGAGAUUUUUGACCAUAUGCAUGCUUUUCUCCAAGAAACCAUUUCUGGUAUUCUUAGAGUCUGCUGGUUACUCUCAAGAAGAUGUCCUUCUUCAGAAGCCUAAGGCUGGGCUGCUGAAGCCUGCUUUCACAAUUAUACGUGAUCAAAAUUCUAAAUGUUUCCUUCUAUUGAUUCGUGGUACUCAUAGCAUCAAAGAUACAUUAACAGCAGCAACUGGUGCUGUGGUACCAUUCCACCAUUCAGUUUUACAUGAUGGUGGAAUAAGCAAUUUGGUUUUAGGAUAUGCACACUGUGGAAUGGUUGCUGCUGCCCGCUGGAUUGCGAAACUUAGUACUCCUUGCCUUCUCAAGGCUCUUGGUGAACAUCCUGACUACAAAGUUAAGAUUGUUGGGCAUUCACUUGGUGGUGGUACUGCUGCGCUGCUAACUUAUAUACUCCGAGAGCAGAAAGAGCUAUCCUCUUGCGCUUGUUUCACAUUUGCACCGGCUGCUUGUAUGACAUGGGAUUUGGCAGAAUCAGGCAAGCACUUCAUUACUACUCUUAUUAACGGUUCUGAUCUGGUGCCUACUUUCUCAGCAGCUUCUGUAGACGAUCUUCGCUCUGAGGUCACAGCAUCAUCUUGGUUAAAUGAUUUGCGGGAUCAAGUUGAACGUACCAGGGUCCUGAAUGUUGUUUAUCGCUCUGCAACUGCAUUGGGAUCUCGUUUACCAUCUAUAGCUAGUGCUAAAGCUAAGGUUGUUGGUGCAGGUGCACUUCUGCGACCGGUUUCAAGCAGUACCCAGGUUGUAAUGAAUCGUGCUAAGAAUGUUGCUGAAGCUGUUGUCAGAACACGCUCAUCUCUGUCAUCAUGGUCUUGCAUGGGUCCACGUCGGCGUGCUGUGCCUCCAUUGUCAAAUUCCAAAGUGGAGGACACUCAUGAAGCUCCAUUAAUAGUGAAAAGAAGUUCUGAAGCGCUCGUGACUACAGCGGCAACAAGCGAUGAGGUGCAGAAUGAAGUUGAUUAUACAUCCGGACAUGAUGAUUCAGAUGAAGAGGAGCAGCUAAUUACUAUGGAUGGCGUAAUGACUACAUCCACUGUGGAAGGCAUUACUGAAGGCGAAUUGUGGUAUGAAUUGGAGAAGGAACUCAAGAGGCAAGAGAAUAAAAUUGAUGUGAAAGCCCAGGAGGAAGAAGCCGCGGCAGCAAAAGAAAUCACUGAGGAGGAGAAUGAUCUUGCUGAUUCAGCAGAAACUCAAAAUUCCAUUUCUUCAUCAGAAAUUACAGAGAAUCAUCAUUUUUAUCCUCCUGGAAGAAUCAUGCACAUCGUUUGUACACCUUCUUCAUCUGAUGCUGCAAAUUUAGAUGGUGAUGUUCCAAUGGAGGAGCACAUAGGUAUAUACGAGACACCUAGAAAUUUAUACAGUAAAAUCCGGCUGUCGAGAACAAUGAUUAAUGAUCAUUACAUGCCCAUGUAUAAGAAGAUGACGGAGCUUUUAAUCAGGGAACUUGAAAAUGAUGUAUCCUCCAAUUGUGUAAUGGUACAAGCGUAAAUAGUGCUGUUAGACAUUCCCAAUAAUGGGUCAUAUGUUGUUUGUUCUUAAAGAUGAUUCUUGAGAAAUGAGGACCAGGUGGCAACAAAUUAUCAGUGUUAA